AUGAGGCUGCUACAGACUCUGACAGCGGCGAUACUGCCAUUGACAGCUUUCGCGGCAAGAAAAUCGACCGGCGACCGCUUCAAUGACUACCACUCGAAACAGGUGUCCAGCUUAGCACCCAUCAAGCUCGACGAUGUCACCUACAAUGAGAUGACCAAGGCGCCUCGGGACUAUGCUGUAGCAGUGCUGCUGACUGCAUUGGAUCCAAGAUUCGGCUGCUCGCUGUGCCACGAAUUCCAGCCGGAAUGGGAUCUGCUUGCAAAGAGUUGGACCAAGGGGGACAAGCAGGGAGAGUCGCGGUUGGUGUAUGGGACAUUGGACUUCACGGAUGGAAAACAGACGUUUCAAUCGGUACGGUACACUAUCAAGACAUGGGGACAGAAAAGAAGUAUUGACCUCGAACAGUUAAUGCUGCAAACUGCUCCGGUCUUGCUUCUCUUCCAACCCACCGUUGGACCCAAUGCGAAGCCGGACGGAGCACCCCAACGAUACGACUUCAUCACUGGCACUGACAAAGCCGACCCAAUCCACGCCUGGAUCGCCCGCCAUCUCCCCGAAUCUCGACACCCACCGCUCGUUCGCCCAAUCAACUAUGUUAAGAUUGCAGUCACGACCACUGCUGCACUUGGCUUGGUGACCUUCUUCAGCGUCGCGUGGCCGUACAUUCUGCCCGUCAUCCAGAAUCGCAACCUCUGGGCGGCGGUCAGCUUGAUCGCGAUUCUGCUCUUCACCAGCGGACACAUGUUCAACCACAUCCGGAAGGUUCCCUAUGUCGCGGGAGAUGGCAAGGGCGGAGUGUCGUACUUUGCUGCAGGGUUCCAGAACCAGUUUGGUCUUGAGUCGCAGAUCGUGGCGGCUAUGUAUGGCGUACUGGCCUUCGCGACCAUUUCGAUGGCCCUCAAAGUGCCCCGCAUGGCCGACCCACGAGCACAGCAGAUCGCUGUCUUCAUCUGGGGAGGCGUGAUCCUGGGCAUGUACAGCUUCCUGCUUAGUGUCUUCCGGAUCAAGAACGGCGGCUAUCCGUUCUUCCUGCCGCCGUUCUAG